AUGGAUAAAACGCUAAUUGAUUAUGAUAAAAAUCUGGAGGAGUUAGAACGACAACGUGAAAAGUUAGAGAUUGUCAUGCAAAUGAUGGGUCAAGAAUGGGAAGAGAGUGGUGCUGGUAUAGGAUGGCUAGGUCAAUUAGAUCUUCCCGAAACAAACGCUCAAGAUCCUACUCUACCGAUACCAGCAACGACAUCCACAGCUACCGCCACCACUAAUACUACAGCGACAUCAACAUCGGAUACAAUGACAUCGAUUGCAUCUGAUAAAUUGGACAGCGUUGCUAUGGCAACAGAAUCAGGAAUGGUUGCCAUGGAAACCGCAUCAAAUGAAAUAUUGUCCAUAGCAUCGCACCCACCUCUAUUCUCCAACAUCCUAUCUCAAGCAACAGGACCAUCGCCCGAAUACCUGCAAUCAUUGCUCAAUGUGAAUGAAGCUCUGCUGGCUCAGAGCCUUGCAAAUAACAACGAUAAUAAUACAGACAUGACAAAUGUAUAUCAACCUUCGACGCCUAUGCUAACACCUAUUGAAGAGCAUCGCGAAAUGCUACUUGAUACCAAAUUGAAUUCCCCCAUGACUACGUCCCAACAAGACGACGAUGAUGAUACACCACUCGAAGAAGAUGUAAAUAAUACCCCUCGAGAUUAUAUGGGAACUGUGAAUCCUGAUUCAGAGAUGAUCCUGUCGCCAUUAACAACAAACAGUAAACCCUUACAAGCAUCAACGACGACAUCUCCAACCAGAAAAUCAAUCUAUUAUCAGUAA